CGACGCCCGAAAAGCGAGCCGUCGCGUCGCCAAACUGACGAAGAAACGGCAGAAAACACGAAAAAUUAGUUCGAUUGUGGGGCAUCGACGAUAAGAUUUGUUUUGCUUUCAGAUUUAUGUAAAUGUAGAAGAUGUGCUCGGAACGAAAAAAUAAUGUCGGUGAAAUUCUUUUGAAAUGCCUUAGUGGGUUGUUGACUAUUUAUUAUGUGAUUGUUGCACUGAUGAUGUUUAUUCUGGGAGCAUAUGCACUGUUCAUUGUAUUCUGGGCACAUGACGAAAAAACCAUAGAACAAGAACUUUUAGCAGUACCCGCAAUAGUAUUUCUUGCAUUAGGAUUUUUACUGAUACUGACAGUUAUAAUAGGAUGUUGUGGUAUUUGCAGGGAAGCCCCAUGCUGCACUGAAACAUACUCAGUUUUUUUGAUAAUAUUGGGAUUAGCACAGCUAGCUUUAGGAGCAUAUUUAUUAGUCGAGCAAAAUAAUCAACAGAGAUUAGUAAACAGAGUGGAUACAGAUCUUCAGUCGCUUUUGAACAGGUACAGGGACGAUCCCAGGCCUUUGGAUCAAAUUCAAGAGUUUAUGGAAUGUUGCGGAAAAGACUCACCAGCAGAUUUUUCCCUCAUGGUGCAUGGCCAGGAAUGGCCCACCUCGUGUUGUCCACAAGGGACCAAAUUUUGCACAGACUACAGAGCUUUCAGGACAGGUUGUUUGGAUGAAAUUGUUAAUUUAUCGAGAUUCAACAACAUAAUUCUCGGAUGGGUGUCAAUUAUUGUGGGAUUGUCAGAGAUUUUUGGAGCCGUUUUAGGAUUUUGGGUGUCAUGUGGAGUAUGGAGGAAACAAACCAUAACGUGGGCAUAAACAAUGUUAUCUUUUAAUUGUUUUUAUAAAUUGUGGACAAAUUUUGUAUAUAGUUUAUAGGAUAUGAUUACAUUUAAGCAACAUGCCAUAUAUUUUGUAUUACCUACUUAUAUUUAAAAUAAUAAAAUGUACCUA